AUGGAUAAGCUUAAGGAAAAAAUCAAUAACUUGAAAUUGGACGCUGAAAAAUGGCAAGAAAAGUCCGAUGAGUAUUCCGAUCGUGUUAAGGAAUUGGAACAAGAAAACUUAGACAAGGACAACCAAAUCCAAUCGCUCACCAGAAAAAACCAAGUCUUGGAAGAACAGGUUGAGAAAUUGGAAACCGACUUGACUGAAAUCAAGCAAACUGCUGACGAAUCACACUCUUUGAAAACUUCGAACGAGAACUAUACUAAGAAGCAUCAAGUUUUGGAAGAAGAAUUAGAAGAAGCUGACAAAAAUUUGAAGGAAACUACUGAAAAAUUAAGAGAAACUGACAUCAAGGCAGAGCAAUUAGAAAGAAAGGUCGCCUCCUUAGAAAGUGAAAAGGAAGAAUGGGAAAACAAAUUCGAACAAUUGACUGAACAACAUAAUGCUGCUAAGGCCGAAUUAGAAGAAAUCAGUCAACAAUUAGAAGCUAUCUAA